AUGGUAGCUAAAUUACAAGUCAUCAGCCUCUGUCGUUCCCUGCUUCGAGCUGGACGUAAGUACCCUGACUACAACAUCAGGGAGUACACAAAGCGAAGGGCCUUGGAUGGGUUCCACAUGAACAAGAAUCUCACUGACCCGUCAAAGGUGAAGGAGGUUUAUGCUGAAGGUAAAGCACAGCUGGAGGUUGUGGAGAGGGCUCUCAAGGUUUACUUGGCGUAUCCUCCCAAGACCAAGAACAUCAUGGAACUCAAGGUUCAGUAGUAGGGGUGUGUGUUUUGUCAUUUUUCAAGCUAUUUUGUUAUUUGAUUAUUGGUCAUUUUGGAACUACCAUUUUGUACUUAUUGGGUUUUGAGUUGUGAUUGUGAAUAUGGUUGAUGAACUAGUGGUGUUUGAGUGGGAUAUUAUUGAUUCACUUGUAUUAUUUUCUUAUGGAAUAUUUAUUUAUGUGCUUUUUCUCUGAUCUUUGUGUCU